CUGACUCGAAUAUUUCUAAAACAAGCUUAGAAUUCAAAUAAUACGACAAUGGAAACCUUUAAACUGUAUUAUAUACAUAAAGCUUUUAAUCCACCAAAAGAACGUUUUACUCAUCUACGCAAAGAAACUUUGAGAUUAAAAUAUAUCUGGUCCUAUGAAAAAAUUCCAACUAGAUGUCAUAUUCAGCAAGAACUUAAUACGUUAUAUAAAGAAGCCUUCAAUUAUGUUAAAAAUAAUGAAAACCUAUCGGAAGCUACUAAAUUGAUUACAAAAAUGUUGAAAUACGAUCCUAGAUCUCAUAAGAUCUAUGCUUUGAGAGGGACUAUUUUCAAACUUCAAGGAAAAUGGACUAAAGCGAUCAAUAAUUAUGAGAUCGCACGAUUAAUGUUUAAAUUGGUGAACAUGCCGAGUUAUGAAGAAGUCGAUAUUCAUUAUAUCAAAUCGUUGAUUAAAUGCUAUGAAGCCAGAGGAGAUUGUUAUUAUGAGCAUGAAUUAUUUUUGCAAGCGGCUAGUGAUUACGAACGUAUCAUAGCAUUGAAGCCUUCUGAUACAUCGAUCAUCGAUGUAGAAGUAACUAACAUAUUCUUGUAGCUAAUUUAUUUUCGUGUUUAUAUUAUCAACCCCUUGAAAUACAAAUAAAAAAAGAAAAGAAAAAAAAGAGAACAUAAAUAAAGCAUCUUGAACAUUUUAAACAAAACAGAAUCGACACAUGAGUGAAAUAAUUGAAUAAUUUAAUAAUGUACUGUACGGCAUCCACCGAAAACCGUUCCUGACGUCUCGUAGACGUCAAACUCUACAAUGGCACAUAAAAUGAAUAACGUCUCCCAGACGUCAUUGUAUGUCAAGGGGUUAA